GCACCAAUACUGAUAUUAUCAGUGCAUCCCCAGUCCCCAGUCAUGAAUCGUGGACUGUUUAACCGCCUCCCGCCUGCCAUAUAAGGGGACAUGUACACUGAUCAUCAGGGCACUGAUGAUCAGUGUGCCCUGAUGACAAGUGUAGCCCCAGCAGUGCCACCUGUCAGUGUCCAUCAGUGCCAGCUGUCAGUGCUCAUCAGUGCCACCUACCAGUGCCACAUAUCAGUGCCUACCAGUGCACAUCAAUGCCACAUAUCAGUGCCCAUCUGAGCUGCCUUUCAGUGUUACCUCUCAGUGCCACCUAUCAAUGCCAGUCAGUGCAACCUAUCAGUGCCGCCAAUCAGUGCCAGUCAGUGCCGCCUAUCAGUGCCAGUCAGUGCCGCCUAUCAGUGCUGCCUAUCAGUGCCCGUCAGUGCUGCCUAUCAGUGCCACCUAACAGUGCCAGUAAGUGCCACCUAACAGUGCCAGUCAGUGCUGCCUAUCAGUGCCGCCUAUCAGUACCAUAUAUGAGUGCUACCUUUCAGUGCCCAUUAGUGAUGCCUGUCAAUGUCCAUCAGUGCCACCUACCAGUGCCUCCUCAUCAGUGGCCAUCACUGCAGCCUCAUUAGCGCACAUCAGUGAAGGAAAAAAAUCACUUAUUUACAAAAAUUUAUAACCAAAACUAAGAAAAAACUUUUUUUUUUUAAAUUUUCAGUGGUCUUUGGUUUGUUUAGCAAAAAUAA